AUUUUUUGACAUUUAGUGUCAUUUAGUGUAAGAUAACAUAUGAGGAAUACAAGCGAACGAAUGUUGAGUUUGUUAAUACUCUUUGUGGCAUGUUAAACUGAUUGAACUUCAAGUGCUGAUAAACAAAAACCAGGCGCCAAGAUGCGAUCCGUCGGAUUUUCGUUACUUGCCCUAUGCAUGACCGUUUCGGUCGUUGCUAAUGCUUACUACCAGAAAAAACAGUUCUAUCCUUCUGUAGUAUAUAUUACUAAGUCUAAUCCUAGCAUGGCUGUCAUUUAUCUGCAAGCUUUCAUAUGUGUACUUUUGGCUGGCCGUGUCAUGAGAAAAGUAUUCUUUGGACAAUUGAGGACUACAGAGUUUGAGCAUUUGAUGGAGAGGUCCUGGUAUGCCAUCACAGAAACCUGUCUGGCUUUCACUGUUUUUCGAGAUGAUUUUAAUCCCAAGUUUGUAUCUCUUUUUACACUGCUGUUGUUCCUGAAAUCUUUCCAUUGGUUGGCGGAAGACAGAGUUGACUAUAUGGAAAGAAGUCCAGUUAUAAGUUAUAUAUUCCAUUUACGCGUUAUGGCACUGCUUUUACUUCUUGGUUCACUUGAUAUAUAUUUUGUGGAGCAUGCCUACCAACUGACAGUAUCCAAAGGGGCUUCUGUCCAGUUAGUCUUCGGAUUUGAAUAUGCCAUAUUGUUUACCAUGGUUAUUAACAUCAUAAUCAAGUACACUCUGUAUACAGUCGAUUUACAUAGUGAAACACCAUGGGACAAUAAGGCAGUAUUUCUGCUCUACACUGAGUUAGUAAUGGGUUUGAUCAAGGUUAUUCUCUACAUCGCUUUCAUGUUCAUAAUGGUCCGUAUCUAUACGUUGCCAUUAUUUGCUUUAAGACCGAUGUAUUAUACAAUAAGGAAUUUCAAAAAGGCUUUCAAUGAUGUAAUUUUGUCCAGAAGGGCUAUCCACAAUAUGAACACUCUUUAUCCAGAUGCUACAUUAGAGGAAUUGCAAGCUGGAGAUAACGUUUGCAUUAUUUGCCGUGAAGAAAUGACGGUGGCUUCAAAGAAACUGCCCUGCAAUCACAUUUUUCACGCUUCUUGUUUGAGGUCUUGGUUCCAGAGGCAACAGACCUGCCCAACCUGCAGAUUGAAUAUUCUGAGAACACCCACUGCAGAGCAGAGGCCAGAUCCGCAGAGAGCUCCAAGA